CCUAACAUUCGAGAGAACACGCUCGCGAGGCUCCGUGAAACUCUCCCGAUAAACAUGGCAAUAAGCAUCGGCAGUGGCUCGAGAGUCAUUCAUUCGUGCAAGUCUCGCUGCUCGAGACACGUUUCUCUUGUGGAAUUCUUGAAAUUAAUAAGAGAUCCGAGGGAACGGUGUCAGUUCGUCGUAUAGUUUUAUACCGACGUGAAUUGGGCUAUAUCGUUAUGAGGUUAAGUAACGCUUCGACCUAACCGAGGCAAAGUGUGCAAUUUGUGUUUUUUCAUUAUGUGUUUACAAGUUUUUUCACGCCGUGAGUGAUUUUUUUUUUAUCGAUCGUCAAUAAAAUAACUGAUGAGGACUUUUCGGAACAGUUAAAAUUCUUCCUGAAUUCAACGCACCCACAGCAGAAUAUAAAUCCUUCGAUUCAUUCCACAGUGCACGUAUCGCUGAACAAACAAUGGAGAAUCGUCAAGAUCAAGAAGGGAAAGGGAUGCCUGGAAAAAUAGCUCUCGUGUUUUCAGUCCUCACUCACGUCCUUUUGUUGGCCCCAGUGCUCUACAUCGUAGCGUUGUAUUUCAAAGAAUACACCUUUUUUUCGUGGCAUCCAAUAUGUAUGGCCGUUGGCGUUGGGCUGUUGAUGAUGGAGGCUGUUUUUACGAUAUCCGGAGAAGGCUACCUGAGCUCAAAACUGUCACGAGGAAAUCGCGUGACCUUGCAUUGGAUUUUGAACGCGAGUGGCCUGAGUUUGAUGCUUAUAGGAUUAAUAAUAAUAGUAGUAAACAAAAAUAGACACGGAUGGAACCACUUUGUAACGAGCCACGCAAAACUUGGCCUCAGCUCGAUUAUAAUCGCCAUUGUCGUAGCGAUCUUUGGUAUCCUCGCGAACAAUACCCGUUGGCUUUAUCCUCACGUCAGACCGGUUCUCGUCAAGGUUGGCCAUGCAUUUGGCGGUAUCGCAAUAACGAUCUUGCUCCUCGCUACCAUCAUUAAUGGCACCUAUAAAAAUUCGUUUCCGGGCUCUGAAACCGGAAGAAGCCUCGUCUUCGCUGCGCUCUUCAUUGCAGGCGUUUUCAUUAUUGUUAAACCGUGUCUCGGUGCAGUUGCCAGAAGCAGAGUGCUCUUCAAGAGAUCGAAAACCACAAGCGAUGCGAGCGACUCGUGACUUGGGCUCGCCUACACUCCACUUCCGGUUUCGGAAGAAUUCAUCGGCGCUGAAGCAUAAUUUACACUUUUUUUAAUCAACAAAAACAUCGAGUGAAUUCAACGAUCGUACAGUUUAUCGAUUUUUAUAAAAUUUUAUAACGAAAUUCGGAAUCUCAUGAAUUUAACGAAACUUCGAACAUUUUUACUGAACAAUGACGCACAUUUUUAUCGUCCUUUUUCCAUUGAUAUAGAGUUCAGAAAAUACUAAUUUGAGAGAUCAUCGAAUUCAGACAUUUUCGAUGCGAUCAAUUCUCGCUUUCAACUUACCGGAUUACGGAAAUAGAAAUAACGCUGAUUAUUUCAGGAUAACCAAAUAUUGAAUCGCACACAAAGUCCGAUUGUUCAUCGCGCAGCGAGAUGCGCGCUAGCGACGGCGAGAAGACAAAAAAAUCUCGGUUUAUUGGGUGCAGCUAAAUCGCUCCUUUGUCAUGAGUUUAUACGUCGAUCUCGUUCCACGGCGAAUAUGUAAAUUGAAAUUAGCCAGGCAUCGCGUUGCAUCGGGAUACGUGUUCUUGAAAUUCUACCAUUUCAUUUGCCAAUCGAUUGCGGGAGUAGCUAUCGAUAAACAUCGAGGAAAUACGUUUAUCGAAAAGAAUUCGCGUUGAAUUUGAAUAAACGAUCAGCGGAAGGUCGACGCUUUAAAUUUCCAAGUGAAUUUCAAAUUCCUCAUUCCUCGGACGAAUGCAAAACUUGUGACAAUUUUUAUUAUCAUUUUUCAAGAAUGCAUGAGGAAAUGUGAGUCCAAAACGACACAAAUCGAGGCGUUUCCUCAUUUAUCAUUUUUUCUUACAAAUCAGCUUUUUAUUUACUGAUAAACGGUCACAUUUCCUUCAUUGCUAAAAAGAGACUGAAUACUGUAAAAAAACGUACUUGAUCAAAGGGUCAAAUGAUUUGUUUCAUUCUGAACAAAAUUUUUCUACAUAAUUGACAACUCGAAUUAUCGUUGUCGUAUUAUUAAGAGGGAAAACGUAUUUUUCGGUCUCGUAAUUGAAAAAAAAAAGUACGUCCAUCUUAAAUGUAUAACUAGGUGUACCAUUCUCAACCACAUACCAACACUUUAUUGUAAUUGAAUAGGCGUUGUUACAUUUACAUAUAAUUUAAUAUAUAAUAUAUUGUGUAUAUUUUUCGCAUAAUACAAUGUACAUUUACAAUAAUACAACCGUUCACUUGGA